GUGAUAACGAUGCACAUAAAGACACAGCUGCAUUAUCAUUCCAUACUAUAAACCUUUAUAGGUUGAUCCAACGAGAUUAAAAUUCUCCCAUAUCGAUCAGCCACAUGGACACCUUGGAGGAAGUAUCACCUGUCAGCCGAUUUCGGCCCACAGGAGAAAAAAACACGAGUGGGUUCGAUCCCCAAACAGGGAUCUACCACUCGUUGUUGCAACUUGGGACCAAUAACAAGAUCCCGACCACUCCUUACCUCGAUACAGCUACAUUUGUGUUGUCACAGUUCCCAAAAUCAGACCAAGCCGAAUCACGAGUAGCUCUUAUCGACUUGGCUACAAACCAGCGAGCCACCUACGCUCAACUUAAACGAUCAAUCUACUCGUUAGCAACCGGGUUGCACCACUGCCUUGGUAUCCGUAAGGGGGAUGUCGUCUUUUUGUUAUCACCAAACUCAAUCCUCUACCCAACCAUAUGUCUAGCUGUGUUUUUAAUCGGCGGGGUCCUCACCACGGCUAAUCCGCUUAACACCAAGUCAGAAAUAACCAAACAAGUGCUCGACUCGGGUGCGACAUUGGCCGUUGUGGCUCCCGGGGAGGAGCAUAAGUUGGUGUCAACUAAUGUACCUAUCCUACUGACCUCUCGUCCCUCUAGCGGGGAUGAGUUGUCUGUAGAAGAACUUAUCGACGGCUGUGAGCCGAUGGAGUUGCCCGAAACCCGGUUAGCUCAGUCGGAUACGGCGGCGAUACUGUAUUCCUCAGGGACGACCGGAGUGAGUAAAGGAGUCGUUUUAACACAUGCAAAUUUCAUUUCAGUCAUGACACUCUUAAAAUGGUCGGUCGACAACAUGUCGGCUAACAACGAUGUUUUCUUAUGUUUCAUACCGAUGUUUCAUAUCUACGGUCUCGCGUUUUUCGGUUUGGGGUUGUUUUGUUCGGGUACUACAACGGUUUUAAUGAAAAAAUACGAGUUUAAAGGUAUGUUAGAAGCUAUACACACUCAUAAAGUCAACAACAUUCCGGCGGUUCCUCCGGUGAUACUAAGUUUGGUCAAACAUGAUGGAGGUGGGUAUGAUUUAUCAUCUUUGAGACGGGUGGGGUCUGGAGCUGCACCGUUGAGUAAGGAGUUGGUGGACCGGUUCAGGGCUAGGUUUCCAUGGGUGGCUCUUAGGCCGGGGUACGGGCUGACCGAGAGCUGUGGGGCAGCGACUUUAUUUGUUAGUAAUGAAGAGGCGAAGACUCAUCCAGCUAGUUCGGGCGGUUUGCUACCGCGUUUUUGUGCUAAGGUGGUUGAUUUUGAAACGGGGGUUGCUAUGCCGCCUUAUAAGGAAGGUGAAUUGUGGCUGAAGGGACCCACUGUGAUGAAAGGUUAUUUGGGAAAUGAAGAGGCCACGGCUGCAACUAUUAACUCGGAUGGGUGGUUGAGGACUGGAGAUCUUUGUUAUUUUGAUGAAGAUGGGUGUCUUUAUGUUGUUGAUAGGAUAAAGGAGCUCAUUAAACAUAAUGGUUAUCAGGUAGCUCCAGCAGAACUUGAAGCCGUACUAUUGAGCCAUCCCGAAAUACUGGAUGCAGCAGUCAUACCACUUGAAGAUGAAGAGGCAGGAGAGAUACCCAUGGCAUAUGUGGUGAGAGCAGCUGGAUGUCAACUCAGUGAAGACCAAGUUAUUAAAUUUGUUGCCAGUCAGGUGGCUCCAUUCAAGAAGGUGAGGAAAGUUUCCUUCAUAAACGAAAUACCAAAGUCUGCUGCAGGCAAGAUAUUACGAAAGGAUUUAGUGGCACAAAGCAAACAGGAAGUCAAAUCCAAGCUUUGACCACCAUAACUUUUGCUUCAAUACCUAUUCAAUCUAUCAUAAAGCCGGAACAUUGAUACAUCCUUCAAUGUAUUCUAUUAGACAUCAAUAACUUGUUAUUAGCAAGUCACAAGUGUAGUCUAGUGUUUUUCAAUAUCUUAUUUCUCUUCACUUUUUUGCAUAAACAAAUAAACCAUUUAAUAUUUUAAUUGAAUAGCAUCAAUUCAAAUGAAUCAAUUGAUCCCAAUCAAUUACCAUCACAUGUCACAAAAUGUAGACACUCGUUCCUAUAAUUUGAAACAAUUAAACGAAAAAAAAAAAAAGUAUUUGGAAUAUUUGACUUAUAAUGAAUGAAAUAUUUGACCUUUAAGAUGCUAUAAGAUUGCAAGUUUGAUCCGUAUCAUAUCACCAAUUUAUCCAGCUAUCCACCUCCAAACUCCACCUCCACCUGAUCCUUGCUUUUCAUCACUUGCAGAAACUUCCAUAUCCUGCUCUAUUGCUGAUUUUUCAGAGCGAAGUGUUUGAACCUCUUGCUCAAUGGACUCCAUUGAUGAUAACAUCUUCUGUAGAUCCAAGAUCUGUGCCUCUAGUUCAGCACAUCUUGAUCUUUCAGAAGCCAGUUGGCC